AUGUUCAAGAACACGUUCCAGAGCAGCUUCCUCUCCAUGCUGUACAGCAUCAGCAGCAAGCCCCUGCAGAUCUGGGACAAGAAGGUGUGGAUUGGCCAUAUCAAAAGAAUCACCAAUAACGAUAUCCAGUCACUGGUGCUGGAGAUUGAAGGAACAAACGUCAGUACCACGUACAUCACCUGCCCUGCUCACCCAAAGAAGACACUGGGCAUCAAACUGCCCUUCCUGGUGAUGAUCAUUAAGAACCUAAAGAAAUACUUCACCUUUGAAGUGCAGGUGUUGGAUGAUAAGAACGUGUGCAGGCGCUUCCGGGCAAGUAACUACCAGAGCACAACCCGGGUGAAGCCCUUCGUCUGCACCAUGCCCAUGCAGCUGGAUGACGGCUGGAACCAAAUUCAGUUCAACCUGUCCAAUUUCACACGCAGCACCUAUGGCACGAACCCUGAGGGUCCAGCAAUAAACUGCAUUGGAAAGAAACUCGAGGAACGCGCCAUGGCUCGGUAUGAACAUGAAGGCAGGUGGAGGAGAAUGUCCUAA